UAACCGAGUCGGUCUUUGUUCCCGGUUUUCUCCAACUUCUUCUAUCCUGUCCAUCCUCCGUCCUACUUCCUUUGAUUUUCCUCAACCUUUUUUCAAACUCAGAAACCUGUAUUAUAGGUCACACCAUAUACAUUAAAAAACACGGAAACUACCUUUUCAAACUCUGCUACCUUAAAUUAAAUUAUUUUUCUUUAGGUUUUAUUCAAUCGAUUCCUCUCUGAUUUGAAUCAAAUUUUUAGGGAUUAGAAAUUUUGUGCAGAAAUUCAUGUUCGGAUCAUCACAAAGAUGAUUCUUUCACGUAUUAAUCGCUCUCUCUCGAAAUCGAAAUCUUCGAUUAAUAAACAGGCAUUAGUUUCUGGUGUGAGAGGAGUGAUUUUGAAUGAAGUGGCAUCGCGUAAUGCGUGCGUUACACGCGUCAAUGGCGGGUUAGGGUUUGUGAGAAGCUACCUGACAUCUAUUGGAGCUGGAAAACAAGGUGUCAAUAAGGCAUAUUUGUCGGAACUUGAUUCACUAUUUGCAAACCCAAGACUCCGGAGGUUUUUUUGCAGCCAAGGAUCAAAGAAUAAAAACUACGAGAACUAUUAUCCGAAGAAUAAGAAAGAAGUCCCAAAAGGGAACAAUCAAAAGGCGGAGUCGGGCAAAGAGGAAAGUACAGGCGAGCAAGGAAACCCUCAGGACUUCCUGAAGCAAUAUCAAAAUAUACUCACACCCUUGUUAUUUAUUGGAUUUAUUCUGUCAUCGACACUUCUCGGUCCUCGUGAGCAGAAGGAGAUUAGCUUCCAAGAAUUCAAAAACAAGCUACUUGAAGCUGGUCUAGUUGAUCGAAUUGUUGUCGCUAACAAAUCUGUGGCCAAAGUUUACGUGAGAAGUUCUGCACCUGGUAUUAAUCAAACAGGCGAUGACACUGUUCAAGGUCCUACAAGCGGUACGAAUGGUGGAAGAAACACGGGCCAGUACAAAUACUAUUUUAACAUUGGGAGUGUUGAGUCAUUUGAGGAGAAGCUUGAGGAAGCACAAGAAGCCUGGGGAAUAGACCCUCACAAUUAUGUUCCUGUGGUGUAUGUUGAUGAAUUGAAUUGGUUCCAAGAACUGAUGAGGUUUGGUCCAACAGUAUUGCUUCUAGCUGUCCUUUAUUAUAUGGGACGAAGAGUGCAGGGUGGCAUAGGAGUAGGAGGCUCUGAUGGAAAAGGUGGUCGUGGAAUAUUUAAUAUUGGCAAAGCGAAUUUCACCAAAAUGGAUAAAAAUGCGAAGAAUAAGGUUUUCUUCAAGGAUGUGGCUGGAUGUGACGAGGCUAAGCAAGAAAUCAUGGAGUUUGUCCACUUCCUUAAGAACCCCAAGAAGUACGAGGAGUUAGGAGCCAAAAUUCCUAAGGGUGCUCUGCUAGUGGGUCCUCCUGGAACUGGAAAGACACUUCUAGCUAAAGCUACAGCAGGAGAAUCUGGUGUACCUUUUCUCUCGAUUUCUGGGUCAGAAUUUAUGGAGAUGUUUGUUGGUGUUGGGCCAUCUAGAGUUAGGAGCUUAUUUCAGGAGGCAAGACAGUGUGCACCUAGUAUAGUAUUCAUUGAUGAGAUUGAUGCUAUUGGUCGAGCAAGAGGGAAGGGAGGCUUUGCUGGAGGAAAUGAUGAACGUGAGAGUACUUUAAAUCAACUGCUUGUAGAAAUGGAUGGAUUUGCUACCACAUCUGGUGUAGUUGUACUUGCUGGCACAAAUAGACCUGAUAUAUUAGACAAAGCCUUGUUAAGACCUGGUCGAUUUGAUCGCCAGAUUAGCAUUGAUAAACCCGACAUCAAAGGCCGUGAUCAAAUUUUCAGAAUCUAUCUGAACAAGUUGAAACUUGACCAGGAGGCAGGGUUCUAUUCACAGAGACUUGCUGCUCUAACACCUGGAUUUGCUGGAGCAGACAUUGCAAAUGUUUGUAAUGAGGCUGCUCUAAUUGCUGCUAGGAAUGAGAGUACGAUAAUUACCAUGCAACAUUUUGAGUCAGCGAUAGACAGGGUGAUUGGUGGUCUAGAGAAGAAGAAUAAGGUCAUAAGCAAGCUGGAGAGGCGGACAGUUGCUUAUCAUGAAGCUGGGCAUGCUGUUGUUGGUUGGUUCUUGGAAUAUGCAGAGCCAUUGCUCAAAGUGACAAUUGUUCCUCGUGGUACAGCAGCCCUUGGAUUUGCUCAGUAUGUUCCCAAUGAAAACCUUUUAAUGACUAAAGAGCAGCUAUUUGAUAUGACAUGCAUGACUCUUGGUGGCCGAGCUGCUGAGCAGGUUUUGAUUGGGAAGAUCUCCACCGGAGCUCAAAAUGAUUUGGAGAAAGUCACCAAGAUGACUUAUGCUCAGGUAGCAGUAUAUGGUUUCAGUGACAAGGUUGGCCUCCUUUCGUUCCCACAAAGAGAAGAUACGUUUGAGGCAAAGCCCUACGGUAGCAAGACAGCAGCAAUUAUCGACAGUGAAGUUAGAGAAUGGGUAGCCAAGGCAUAUGAUAAUACUGUAAAACUAGUAGAGGAACACAGAGAACAUGUGGCUCAGAUUGCUGAGAUGCUACUUGAAAAGGAAGUCCUCCAUCAAGAAGAUCUGGUCCGAGUAUUGGGUAAACGUCCAUUCCAGAGUAGUGAGCCCACAAACUACGAUAGGUUCACGCAAGGAUUUGAAGAAGAGAAUAGUGAAACUACAGAUAGCACUGAGGAAAAGACUGCCGAAGAUAAUGGAUCAUCGCCUGUCGUACCGGAGGUUGUCCCUGUAUAGUUGUGGGGUUGUGAUUUGUAAUUGACAUUGCAGGGUAGCGACUCUCUGGUAUUAACUUUCAAUUUUAGAUAAUUCUAUAAAUUAUUUGUCUUGAUAUUAAUAAUAAAAACAUGGUCUUUCCGAAUUUGUGUACUCCAUGAACUAUUUAUCGCAAAGAGAUGAAAAAGGGUAGAAAGAUAAUUACUCUGUCUCUUCUCAAAUAAUUGGAGAAUUA